AUGACUUCAAGAAGGCACAAGGAUCUUGAUUAUGAGGAUGACGAAGAUUAUAUUGAAAAUAACGACGAUAAGGAGUAUUUAGAUGAAAAUGAGCGAUCCGAAAGGACAAGCAGUAGAACAUUCACAAGAAAGAGUCGGACCCGAAAGAAUAGAAUACCCUCAUCACCACCAAAUGGAAAUACUGAUGAUAGCAUAGAUGAGAAUGCACCAAUAAUGGAUGAGGAUGAAGAGGAUGAAGCAUUAACUGAUUCAACAGAUAAUACGCUUCAAAAGACUGGAAGCAGAAUGAAGAGGCCUAAAGAAAGGAAUAUAGGAGAAAUCUUUGGGGAUGAGGAUGAGUACGAUGAUGAAAAUAAUGAUUUUAACAGUGCCAAUGCUGGAGUCUCUGUGAAGCACGAAGAAGGAACUGGAUUAACCGUAUCCUUCAAAUUUUUGGAUAAGAAUCACAAAACACAAUUUAAUGAGUUGACAUCUUCACCUCCGGGUUCAAAGCCCACUUCUGAUGACGAAAUGGUGCCGGCAGCAAGGAGAACGCGGCACAAAAGGGUUAACUAUACGGAACCAAAGGAUUAUGAGGAAGAUGAAGAGCCAUUUGAUGAUAAAGAUGCGGAGAUCGAAUCUACAACAAAUGUUGAUGAUGAGUAUUCCGAAGGUGAGGAAGUGAUUCGGAAACCUGAUCCAUCCAGGAUGACUGCUCGCCAAAGAGACAAGUAUUAUGGAAAGACAUCAGAAAAGCCCUUGAAGAUGCCGGAGGCAUCUCUGAAAAACAUAAAGUCUAAAGAAUUACUAGCACUCAUGGAUGAGCCACAGAAAAAGAAGAAUCUAUCAGAGGAAGAAAUACAGUUAAGGAGGGCAGAACAAGCAAGGAAAAGAAAGAACUUCAGCAUCAAGAAGUUGGAAGCAGAAAAGCGUGAUACAUUGAAUAAAUUGCUUAUGAAGAGAGCAAGCAAAGUGCGGGACACUAAAAACUUGAAAGGAAAAGAGUAUGGAGACGAGGAAGAAAGCCAGGCUGUUCCCAGAAGGCCCCAACUAAAGCAUAAUGCUCUUUUUAGGUGGCAGUCUAAGACUGAAACCAAGGAUGGAGUGAGAAAGAAUGUUCAAUACUACUCUAUACAUUCCUUUAGUUGA